GCCAAGAAACCGACGGCACCCGGCCAGAGCACAAUCCCCGUUUCUUCCCUUCAUUUCUUGUUCACGCUUCUCUCUUUCUGUAUGUUUCCCGGGAAAGCAAAUCCAUUUCGGAGAAAGUGAAGCAAGCCGACGACGACGACGACGACGACGACAUUGCACUCUUCCGAGUAAAGAUCCAAAACUCAGUAGAUCGCACAUGGUUAGAUCGUGAUUGCGACUGUCCCCGCGAGUAAAUCAAUUGCCCCGUCCUUCCUUGCCAAUCAUCUUCUUUAUAAAAGAGACGGAGGCUAACACGAGGGAGGAGAGCUGGAUCCGUCUCUGGAACCAGCGCAGUCCUUGAAGGCACCAGCCGCCGCCGCAGCCGCUGCCACUGCCACUAGCAGUAACGGUCAGAUCCGCUACCGCUCGCCUUCCUCCGCCGAGCUACUGGAGAUCGGAGCCACUUCCCCGACUCAUUCCGACCAUCCCUCCUCCGACAAGAUGAACAAGCGCAACGCCCUCCGCCACGAGAAUUUCUCCGAUAAGAUCCACCGGCAUCGGAGCGUUCUCUUAGUGAUCUCCAUCCCUCUGCUUCUGAUCGGAUUCGUCUUGUUCGUCAUGCCCGGCCGGGAGGAGUACGAGAUUACUAACCGUAAAUUGUCUCCCAAUUUGAAGAACUCUAGGAACUACGCUGUUAUUUUUGAUGCCGGUAGUUCCGGGAGUCGAGUUCAUGUCUUCUGCUUCGAUCCCCGUAUGGAUCUCAUUCCAAUCGGCGGAGAGCUAGAGCUUUUCGUCCAGCUUAAGCCUGGUCUGAGCUACUAUGCCAAGGACCCACGAGCGGCAGCGGAGUCCCUAACUUCUCUUCUCGAUAAGGCAGAAGCUGCUGUGCCCAAGGAAUUGCGAUCCAAGACCCCAGUUAGAGUCGGGGCGACUGCAGGCUUGAGGGCAUUAGAAGGUGAUGCAUCUGACCGAAUUUUGCAAGCGGUCAGGGAUCUUCUGAAAGAUCGAAGCACCUUGAAAUCUGAUGCAGAUUCAGUCACUGUCUUGGAUGGGUCUCAAGAAGGUUCUUAUCAGUGGGUCACAAUUAAUUAUCUCUCAGGAAAGUUGGGGAGGUCUUAUGCCAGUACAGUUGGCGUAGUUGAUCUUGGUGGUGGGUCUGUUCAAAUGGCAUAUGCCAUAUCUGAGGCUGAUGCAGCAAAAGCUCCAAGGGUGACAGAUGGGGAAGAUACCUAUGUACACAAAAUGCUUCUGAAGGGAACAACAUAUUACCUCUAUGUUCACAGCUAUUUGCACUAUGGACUAUUAGCUGCUAGAGCAGAGAUUUUAAAGGUUUCUGAUGGCUCUUCCAAUCCAUGUGUUUUGGGUGGUUAUGAUGGUUCAUACUCGUACGGAGGAGAGAACUUCAAGGCUUCCUCAUCUCCUAGCGGUUCUAACUUGGAAGAGUGCAGAAGGGUAGCCACUAGGGCACUGAAAAUUAAUGAGACGACAUGUGUGCACAUGAAGUGCACCUUUGGUGGAAUAUGGAAUGGUGGUGGGGGGGAUGGCCAAAAGAACCUAUUCGUUGCUUCAUUCUUCUUUGACAGGGCUGCUGAGGCAGGUUUCAUUAAUCCCAAAAUACCUGUUGCCAAGGUUCGUCCAUCGGAUUUCGAGGAAGCAGCUAAGCGCGCUUGCGAAUCUAAGCUUGAUACCGCCAAAGCUACUUACCCUGGUGUCGAAGAGGGUAACCUGCCAUAUCUCUGCAUGGAUCUUGUCUACCAGUACACAUUGCUUGUUGAUGGAUUUGGUCUGAGUCCCUGGCAAGACAUCACGCUGGUGAAGCAGGUUAAAUACCGAGAUUCGUAUGUUGAAGCGGCUUGGCCAUUAGGUAGCGCCAUUGAGGCUGUCUCAGCGUUAUGAUUUUGAUUCAUGAGUAGGCUUGGAGUUUGACCAAGAAGGCUAGAAGAUUGUGUGGAUGGAUUUAGAUCUGAGAAGAGUGCACCGGCAAUUAAUGUUUUCAAAGCUGCAGCUGGGAAAUGGAGGAGAUGAGAGACCCUUUUGAUUGCGCAUAUAAUCUAAUUUCGUAAUAAUUGGUGGUGAUACGGGGAAAGAAGAGGUAGAGAAGUGCUACAUUUUGAUUAUUGCUUGGCUUGUGCCCCUAUGGCAUAAUUCAUUAGACGCCGAGCUCCGAUUUUUUUUUAUUAUUACAUAUUGCUGUUGCUGUUAUCUUCAUUCUGUAACUAGGUUGGUGAACAUCGUGAUUUGGUAUACCAUUUAUCUGAAUUUUGAUUCAAUUCAAUUGACCUCGUCUUCUGUUUUAUGUGCUUGUAUUGGAUCAGUCAUUUGUUUCUUUUCUUUCCUUAGAAGCCCUCGCUUCGAACCAUCAGCUAGGCUUCUGGUGGUUGGUGGAUAAGGUAAGUAACGGUAAUCAUUGGUUAUUGGUUACUGAACUAUUAGUAACUAAAUCUGCAUCUUUAGAUUAAAUAUAAGUAGGUACAGAAAAUUCAGAUUUAAAAGUUGUCGAUUAAAGAAAGGCAUUUUAUUUUAUCUAGUUUUCUUAAUCGGCUCUUAUCUUCUUCGUUCUAACUCGGAUUUCAUUUUUUUUUUUGAACAGUUGGAACGUGUUCGUUGUGCUCUACAAAAUGAGAUCAAUUUUCAAUAUAUUUCGAGAAACUUUUUUUUACCAAUUAGAUACCAUAUGGUAACUUCUUCGUUUUUAAGUCGUUUUUCAAAAUGUUUGCUCAGAAGGAACGAGUUCAUCAUGAUCUAUUGGAUCUAUAAAUUUCUGGGUGAAAAAAAUACCGGAUAAAAAAUUACCAUACUUUACCACUAUGGUAUGUGGGUGGUAACUUGUAGAUACUCAUACUAUCAUGUAUUCAACCUUCUUAGCAUAUUGGUAUGUUCAUACCAUCAUGGUACACUUUCUUACCAUCAUGGUACGCUUUCUUACCAUAUGGUAUUAAAUAGGAGCAUAUCAUAUGGUAAUGACUGAUAAAAAAUUAUUCAAUUUUGUUUGAACUAAAAAUAUAUUAAAGUGGAUAUCAUUUUAAAGAGCACAUAUAAUCUGAUUUAUCUGUGCAAAAAAAAAUUAAAUUUCGACUUAAAACGAGAGAAAAAUCGUCUGUUAAAGAUUAAAAGGGAAUAGAUAAAAGACUUUUCAGGAGAGAGAAUACUAGUGUGGACAGGUUACUCAUGGUUACUAACCAUUGGGUUAUUGACCUGAUCCGUUCCCGUCAGUAACGCCCUCUAGUGUAAUAAGAUGUGGUCAUUUGGACCUUUCGUGGGUUCCAAAUCUAAGAGUUGGAAUUAAAAAAAUUUUAUUUUCUAAUUUUUUUAAUCGACUCAUAUACUUUUCGUUCUAACUUGCAUUUCAAUUUUUUUAUAGAUGUAACGAGUUUGUUUUUUUCCAUAGCAGAAAGUACUCAUCGAUGAAUGCUUGUGCUAGGGUCUCCCAUGUGGUGAAGGUGCCUAGUGGAUGGUAGUCAAGCGACUACUUUGUUCCUCCUCCAAGUGAGUACGAGAAAAGUAGUCGAAUUCCAUAAUCAUCUCCUGAUAUGAAAUUGACGAUCUCUAAGAAUGUCUUCAAGUGUUACACUGGACCAUCAUCAUUCCUUCCUCCAAAUGUCCUAGCUUGUUGCACCAUCUAGAUAAUUUGAGUUCUGAUUUCUAUAGUCGUUGGUGGCGUAGCAAUGCUUGAGUUGAUGUUUCAUGCUUUUGGCCUUGAAUACUCACAUAGAGUAGGUGGAAUGGCCACUUGUCAUUGUCCUUCUUCAGUAGCCAUCGCCAGUGUUGAAGACGUUGAAGAUGCUCCUUCUACCUCAAGAAUCAAGUUGUCUUCUUCAAUCUUGUCAUCCUCUUCCAAGUUUUUCUCGAAAUUGCUGGAGCUUAAGGGCUCUUCUUCUCCUUAGCUAGAUGCCCCUUCCUUCGUUUCAAGAGGGGUGAAAUCAUGGCCCCUCCUUCUUGAACUAUCUCUUGCAUUAUCUUUAGGGUUUUAGUUUGUCAUCUAGUACUUACUAGACUCAUGCGACAACCUGCAAAUACAAAAGAUACUCAAUACUAAACAUAAGAUGGUUAGAUGCAUUUAUAAAUGAUUAGAAAUCACCGACAUGGUGCCAAAAACUUGAUGUGUAGAAAAGUGAUAAAAUCUUAGGAUACCCUAGGGUUGUAUUCCUCAAGGUCUUCUAAUGCAUAACUACUACUCACACUAACCAUCGAGGACACACAAAAUAAGAAAGACUUCUAGGGGUUUUCUUUUAACAAACAAGCAAAGCAAGAAGAGUAAAGUUAUUUAGGUAUUUUUCGAUUUAUAAAUGUGUAAAAGUAAAGUUACGUUAUUGUAGAAGGUAGUAAACACGGCGAGUACUAUAGUGCAUAACUAGGGUGCAAUCACAAGAUGCAUCGAUGAUGCAUCUAUUGUAACACUUUAUCCCUUCCUCUAAGGCCACUCUCUACCUGUGCAGGCACCUCUUACGAUAGAGAUUUAACUAACUAAUGCGUGCUGAUUUCACUUCAUGCCAUCACCUAAUUAAUGAAGAACAAUGAUUUUAGGAUAGGAUAUCGUUAAUUAUGGGCUUCUGCAAACCAUAAUCAUAGUCUAUAGCAUCAAUGUCUAACAAUCAAGCAUUGAUACCACUCGAGGUAUAGAUGUUUGAUCAUUCCCUCUAUACUCGUGUAGCAUCAAUGUGGUAUCACUAGAGAUUAAUUUCUUAUCAAUCUAGGUAAUACUAAGCACCAAUGAGCAAGGGUGCCUAUCGUUAUAAGGUAGUAUAGAAGGAAGCAAGUUCGUAUCCACAGAGACAUCGUGUAAUAGUACUCAACUUUAUCUAUUAUCUAGUCAAUCAUUUUUAUUUGAUUUUAAGAUAUAACCACACAUGUAUUAAUAAAAACACAAUUAAAUUUUUUAAAGUAAAAUCAAGAGGAGAAGGCUUUGCCCCGGAAGUGGAUCCCCAUAAUACGAGUUUUACAAAUUAGUUGAAUACAACAUAGACGGAAGUUCGUAUCUUAGAGCGUGAAAAUUUCAGAUUUAGUGUUAACCUGUUCGCACAUGUACUAACACCCUUUCAAUAUAAGAAUCAAGUGAAACCAUAGCUUACAAAACUCUUAAACCAAAGCAAUAAAAAGAUUUGUGAAUUCUCAUAUUAGAUUUUAACCUAAUUCGGAGGAACUACGUGACCCUAUCGCUAAUGGCUCUAUUCCAUUCCUUCUUUUCCACGAUUGAUCUAACAUACAAAAUUACCUCGCAGCCUCAUUCACAUGUAUCAAACAAAAUACACAAUAGGCGCACAACUAUUGAUAAUUGCACAUGAUGGAUCGAGAAAAGAACGUAAGAACAAGAACAAUACGUCUAUAUCAAAGAAUGAAAUCAAUCCAUAUAAAGCAUAUUAGGGUUCAUCAAAUCUGGAGCAACUAGAAGAUUAGCCGGACUUGAUGAGGUUUAGAAAAAUGGAGGUUGAGAACAUUACCAUGAUGAUGACGAGCAAGAACAAUAGGGUUGGGAAUACGGUAUAUAUAUAUUGGGUUAAUAGAUUACACAUAUGAAAUUUCAAACGAGGGAAUAAUCAUUAGACGAAGACAAUGAUAAUCCGACCAAUUUACUACCUCAAUGAUUAUCAAUCCCACUAAACAGAUGUUCACUUCGGUAAUCUCAAUAACGCAAUAUACUAUGGUAUUCUGAAACAUGAACACAAACAUGAGAACCACGAUGUAAGAAAUACGAGAUACGAUUAACAAAACGAAAAGGGAGAAACAAGAGUUUCAAAUGGAAAAGGACAUAAUAUCGGCUAUCUUCUAACAUGAGAAAGAAAGAACAAAGUCGGUCGUUUGGUUUUGGUGAUAGUUUGGUUGAGAUAGUUAUAAUACAUGCAUUGUCCACAAUGCAUCGUUUUUUUUUUUUUGAAUUUUCUACACAAAAAAUAUAUGCAUUGUUUUCUUGAUUUGACACAAAUAGUUAAAUCUCUAGUUUUAGUUGAGAUUGUUUGGUAGAGAUUGUUGGGUUUUGUUUUGUUCCAACUACGUCCCUACCUUUUUAUGUGUGUUGCUUUUUAAUAUUAAAAACAAAGAUCAAAAGUGUCAUUUCAUCCAAAAAGUAAUAUAACUUAUUUCAAUAUUUGAAUAACUAUCACAGAAACCAAACGAGGUAAACUACAAUACACCAAUUUUCUUAUAUACAUGUAUAUUAUUAUACAUGCAUUGAUGAUAAUGCAUCAAUUUAACUAUCACCAAAACCAAACGACCCUUAGUGUAGUAGGAGGUCCUGGAGGUGUGUAUCCCUUUUUUGCUCUUGAAAGCUUCUAUUUAUAAGUAGCAUCAUGAUUCAUGUCUGACAUGGCCUAACAACACAACCGUGUUCCAGGCCGUGUUCACAACUGGUCGCUAUAUCGAUUUGUCAGCAUUGCAGAGAUUGAUUGAUUGAUUUCCUUACUCAACAUGAUCGGUGAACACGAUUGUGUUCCCGGCCGUAUUGACUAGUAAGUGGGGAAACUAUUGGUUGUUACUCUUUUGAAACGUGCAUAAAAUGUCAGCAUGCCCAACUAAGUAUGGUGGACAAUUCAUUGAUUGAUUUCUCUUGUACAGAAAAUUCAAAAAAAAAAAAAACAAUGUAUUAUGUACAAUUCAUUGAAAGCAUUCCAAUGAAACUAUCACCAAAACCAAAUGACUUUGUUGUUAUCUUUGAUAAUACUGUUUGGUUCAUCUUUGAUCCAAUGCCGGAAUCAACUUAGUACUCAACUCCAACAGCACCACACCAAAGCUCAAGACCAGCAAAAGAAGACGCAUAAACAACAGAAGGCAGGACAGCAAAAAGAGUUUUCCUUUCCUACCCAUUUCUUCUUCCCCGCGUUUCAAACGAGAUAUAUGUGUACAAGUAUACAACACCACCAACGGAGAAGGAAAAAGAAAGAGGCAGAAAUUUUAAGCCACCCUCCUCUCCUCUCCUCUACUCUUUUUUCUGUCCGAAAUUCUAACACUGCCCAACACGUAGUUGCUUCUUCUUCUUUUAUUCUUUCCUUCUUUCUUCGGGGUUGGGCUUUUCGCUGAAGCCUUCCUUCCUCUUCCCCAAAUCUCCUAAUUGUUCGCAUCACCUCUCGAUUUCCCCAUUGCCCCCUCACUCUUUCUAAUUGCACCUUAACCGUUCUGUGAUUCUUCUCCGUAGCUGUUUCUUCUUGUCGAGGAAGUGAAAAACCGAGAUGGGCAUGGCGGGUGAGGUGGUUAAACUGAAGCGGGCGGCACUAGAGGCAUGCAUGACAUGCCCUCUCUGCAACAAGCUGCUCAGAGAAGCUACCACCGUCUCUCUCUGCCUCCAUACGUGUAAGUUCUCCUUUUCUCCCCGACUCUCCAUUCUUCUCUUCCUAAGAUGUUAUAUGGACGGGAGUCUUCCCCUUUUGAUCUGUGUUUGGUGGAUGCGAUUUAUGUUUCGUAUGAUUGUUUCUUGUUUCCCUCAAGGGCUUACUUACUUUCGCAGCA